CCAAUAGUGAGUACGGACUCAAACCUUCAUUGCGCGGUCGUUCCACGGCUUUCGUGCGAAUGUCUCUCCCUCGCCCUCCUCGGCACCACGCGCCGCCGGUCUCAAAAAUUGGCCUGUUUGAGACACACAUUUCGUGAUCACGCCGUUUCAUGACUGACCUUCUUAUUCACCUAUUCAGACCGACUCGCAGCCAAACCUUCAAGGAGUGUUUCGCUCGGGCUGAUGAGACUGCUAUAUCUGCGCUCUCUUUCCUUCGUCGCCGUCGGCUCCCUCGCCUCGCUCGUCACCAUUACAGCAAGUCUUAGCGCUUCCGGUCCGGCUCAAAGCUCGGCCGCCGAAGCGGCCGCGGUGCAGGGGCCACACGGGUCGUACAGUAGCAUCAUCGUCUUUGGCGACUCACUGUCUGACGACGGCUCUGGCGCUUGGGAAUUAACGAAGCAUGCAUGGCCGAGAGAUCCUGCCUAUGACGAGGGACGCUUCUGCAAUGGUCUCGUUUGGGUGGAACAUCUGGCCCGCUGGGUAGGCGGGACGGAGCGGCCGCAGAUGGAGCGUGGGAAGGAGCGAGCGGGGACAAGGAUCCCGUGGCUCGACGAUAGGGCGUUCGGUGGAGCUACGCUGGACAACGCUCGAAAUCAAGGAAGGACUGGAUACCGAAGCGAUGUACCCGUCCCGGCUGUGAAGGAUCAGGUGCAGAGGUACCUCCGCGAGCGUCAAGGAGAGCGACUGAAUGACAGCACUCUGUUCAUCGUCGGAGGAGGCGGGAACGAGUGAGUAGGGUCCUAGCAGCAGGAGAUACGCCGCAGAGCACACUCAGACUGACUCUCGCUGCUUCUGAACUCUAGCGGCUACUUCGCCCACCUGGCGCACCAUGACCUCCAGCGUACCGCCGACGAGUCCGCCUCUCUCCUUCUCACUCAGCUCCGCAUCCUAAUUUCCGCCGGUGGAAGACACUUCCUCGUUCCCGCCCGUCCAGAUCUCUCCCGCUGUCCCUAUGGUCUCGAGGCCCUAAGUGAACACGACCGAGCUGAAUUGAGCCGGUAUGCCUCUGCGCUCUUUCAGGGACUGAAGAGAGGUGUGAAGGAGAUCUUGAGAGAGGA